CUUCUUGCAAUUCAAGCCUCUCUUUCUGCAAUCUCUUCCUCUCUCAAGUAUCACCAAUGGGUUCUCUUGGUUUCACUUUCUGAUAACUAAAAACAAGACCCAGAGAGAGAGAGAGAGAGUAGAAACUAACCAUGUCUAUAGCUCCAAGAAGCUACCCAUCUCUCUGUUCCUCUCCACCACUGCCAAGAACAGUUCCCUCCAAGCAAAAUCCAUGCCUCACCUUUCCUUCCAGCUAUUAUUUCUCGAAGAACUACUCAUUCUUGGACUCCCCGGUCUGUAUCUGCAAUACCCAGUUGAGAAAACCAUCAAUUUUAGUUGUUAAAGCAUCCGCUACUGAAUCUGAACCAUCGAAAGCAGAUGGCGGAGGUGAAGGUGGAGAAGCAGAAGAACAAUACGAGGAGUAUGAGGUAGAAAUCGAGCAGCCAUAUGGGUUGAAGUUUGUAAAAGGCCGGGACGGUGGAACCUACAUUGAUGCAAUUGCGCCAGGAGGAACGGCUGACAAAACUGGGAUGUUCGCUGUCGGGGACAAAGUACUUGCUACCAGUGCUGUAUUUGGGACAGAAAUAUGGCCUGCUGCUGAAUAUGGCAGGACAAUGUACACCAUCCGCCAGAGAGUUGGCCCAUUACUUAUGAGAAUGCAGAAAAGAUAUGGGAAGUUAGAAUAUACAGGUGAGCUUACAGAGAAAGAGAUUAUCAGAGCUGAGAGGAACUCUGGUGUGAUUAGCAACAGAGUGAGGGAAAUUCAAAUGCAAAAUUACUUGAGAAAAAAAGAACAAAAGGAGCGUAGAGAAAAGGACCUUCGUGAGGGGCUAAUUCUUUAUAAAAGGAAUGGAAAAUAUGAAGAAGCACUUGAGAAGUUUGAAUCUGUUUUGGGUUCAAAACCAGAUCCAGAUGAAGUUGCAGUAGCAAGCUACAAUGUAGCAUGCUGUUAUGCCAAGCUAAAUCAGAUACAAGCUGGACUUUCUGCACUUGAAGAUGCCUUGACAAAUGGGUAUGAAGAUUUCAAGAAAAUCCGGACGGAUCCUGAUCUAGCAAAUUUGAGGACAUCUGAAGAAUUUGAUCCCCUGUUGAAAAGGUUCGAUGAAUCCUUUAUCAAUGAAAAUGCUAUAAAUGCAAUCAAAUCUCUAUUUGGGAUAUUCAACAAGAAGUAGCCAUGAGUUCACAUGCUAGUUGAUGUUGUGCACAUUUCUGAGCUUGAAUAAGGUCAAGCAAGCUCUUGGUGCCUCGGAGAAUUAAAUUUUCUAGUAAGAUUUUUGUCUAUACCAUACUUUAAUGUGAAGGUUGUAGGAAGAAUCCUGGAUUUUUUUUUUUUUUUUCAAUAGGUGAUGUUUCACUUAUUUCUCUAGUUGGAGUCCUGUAUUUUAGAAGGGUAGGAGCGUAGUAGUUUCAAGAGGUAUAACUUCAAUGCCUUGUAUAUUGUACAAUAAGCAUUCUCCAACUUCAUAUUCUUUUGAAAUUGAGAUAUUGAAGGAAAUCAUGAUGAUCAUCAUCAUCAUGUAAUCCUUGUCCCAAUUAUAUGGGGCUGGCUACACAAAUCCUGUUUCAUCAUUC